AUGUCAUCCGCAAAUCGAGGCGCUGGGCCUGCCAGCAGAAGCAAUAAGCGUGCGAGGGACGAUGAAGACCUCCCCUCCUCAGCUGUGCAUCCGCCGUCCAGUCCCAUGGCCUCAUCCCCUCCCAUGCUGCCUAAUGACGAUGAUGCGGAUAUGCUUGACGAGGAUGACAUCAUCCGCGAUGUUGACGACCUAGAAGAGGAUGCAGAAGAGGCCGAGGGAAUCGAUCUGUUUGCCGACGACUUCGAGAAUGACUAUGCAGCCCGUGAAAACGAUGCCUAUGAGGGCCAGGGGAUAGACGAUGAAGGCGAAUACGAAGAGCUCAGUCUUGCAGAGAGGCGGAAACUUGAUGCAAGCCUGAACGCUCGUGACAGGGAGGCAAGACGCCGUAUGCCCGCUGCCUUUUUGCCAGAUGACGAUGAGCAAGAUGGCCUAGCAGGUCUAAUGGGACGCCGCCGUGUUCGGAGACACCGCUACGAUGAAGAAGACGAUAUGGAUAUGACUGACGACAUCAUGAACGAGGAAUUGACGCUUGAAGCGCUCACCGACGUCAAAGCUAAUACGUUGACCGAUUGGGUUGCCCAACCACAGGUUGCCAGGACGAUUGCGCGAGAGUUCAAGUCUUUCUUGACCGAGUACACGGAUGAGCAUGGCCACUCGGUUUACGGAUCCCGCAUUCGAACAUUGGGUGAGGUCAACGCUGAGUCCCUCGAAGUGUCUUUCGACCAUCUGGCAGAGCAGAAGGCCACGCUAGCCUACUGGCUUGCGAACACGCCAACUGAAAUGCUCAAGAUAUUCGACCAGGUUGCUAUGGAAGUGACUCUCCUUCACUACCCAGACUACGAACGCAUCCACUCUGAGAUCCAUGUUCGUAUCACCGACGUACCUGUACAGUACACUCUCCGCCAGCUUCGUCAGUCACAUCUCAACAGCCUUGUCCGUGUCAGCGGAGUAGUUACUCGUCGAAGCGGAGUUUUCCCGCAACUGAAAUAUGUCAAGUUCGACUGCACCAAAUGCGGUGUCACACUUGGACCCUUCCACCAGGACUCCAAUGUCGAGGUUAAGAUCUCCUUCUGUCAGAACUGCCAAUCGCGUGGUCCUUUCACAGUCAACUCUGAGCGUACCGUCUAUCGCAACUACCAGAAGCUCACUUUACAAGAGUCCCCUGGAACUGUUCCAGCUGGUCGUCUGCCGCGACACCGCGAGGUUAUUCUGCUUUGGGACUUGAUUGACUCUGCAAAGCCUGGCGAGGAGAUAGAGGUCACAGGUAUCUACCGCAACAACUACGAUGCCGCUUUGAAUAACAAGAACGGGUUCCCUGUCUUUGCUACCAUUCUCGAAGCAAACUACAUUGUCAAGUCUCACGACCAGCUGGCAGGCUUCCGCUUGACUGAAGAUGACGAGAAGGAGAUUCGAAGACUGUCCAAAGACCCACGUAUUGUCGACAAGAUUAUCAGCUCCAUUGCGCCAAGCAUAUAUGGGCAUACUGACAUCAAAACCGCUGUGGCGCUCUCACUCUUUGGAGGUGUCAGCAAGGAGGCACCGGGCCGACACUCGAUCCGUGGUGAUAUCAACGUGCUUCUUCUUGGAGAUCCCGGUACCGCCAAAUCCCAGAUCUUGAAGUACGUUGAGAAGACCGCCCAUCGUGCAGUCUUCGCAACCGGUCAGGGUGCCUCUGCGGUUGGUCUCACAGCUUCGGUGCGUCGUGAUCCUAUGACGAGCGAAUGGACUUUGGAGGGAGGCGCUCUAGUGCUUGCAGACAAAGGUACAUGUCUGAUCGAUGAGUUUGACAAGAUGAACGACCAAGAUCGUACUUCUAUCCACGAAGCUAUGGAGCAGCAGACCAUUUCUAUCUCGAAGGCUGGUAUCGUCACGACACUUCAAGCACGUUGUUCAAUUGUAGCCGCUGCCAAUCCCAUUGGUGGACGCUACAAUUCCACAAUUCCCUUCUCGCAGAAUGUGGAGCUCACAGAACCUAUCCUGUCUCGAUUUGACAUUCUGUGCGUUGUGCGUGACACCGUCGAUCCAGCGGAAGACGAGCGCCUUGCCAAGUUCGUGGUGAACUCCCAUGGUCGAGCACACCCCCUUGUUAACUCAACGUACGGUUACUCCGACAAGGCCAAGGCGUCACAAAAUGGUGAUGACCAGAUGGAAGUCGACGGAGACGCUCCAGUGAAGGAGGGCGAGAUUCCACAGGAGCUUUUGAGGAAGUACAUUCUUUAUGCUCGGGAGAGGUGCAGGCCCAAGCUCUACCAGAUUGAGCAAGAUAAGAUUGCGCGUCUCUUUGCAGACAUGCGUCGAGAGUCCAUGGCAACGGGAGCCUACCCAAUCACUGUUCGUCAUCUUGAGGCUAUAUUGCGUAUCGCAGAAUCCUUCUGCAAGAUGCGUUUAUCCGACUAUUGUUCAUCAGUAGAUAUUGAUCGUGCUAUUGCUGUUGCGGUCGACUCUUUUGUUGGCUCGCAGAAGGUCAGCGCGAAGAAGGCCUUGGCAAGAGCCUUUGCCAAAUACACUCUUAAUCGACCUGGUGCCGUCUCAGCUCCAACUCGGGGAGGAAGACAGACGCAAAGAGCAGCAGCAUAG